AUGAAAUCACAAUUUAAAGGAGCCUGGUUACAUCACGAUCCGGAGGGAUCUCAAAUACUACUUGAAAGAACUGUAUUAGCUCAAGCAACUGCCAUUGGAAAUCCAUGGCUUCCACAUCUACAUUAUGCAUUUCGAGAUGGAAAGUAUUUACAUCUUGUCAUGGAUUAUGAACCUGGUGGUGACUUAUAUAUAUUUUUAAGCAAAGUUGGCCAUUUAUUGGAUUCAAAGAUGGUGCAGUUUUAUGCUGCUGAAGCCGUAGAAGCUAUUCAUUCUCUACAUCAAAUGGGUUACAUUCACUGUGAUUUAAAACCUGAAAAUUUUGCAAUUGAAAGAAGUGGACACUUGAAAUUAAUUGACUUCGGUUCAGCUAUCAGACUUCAUGCAGAUGGGAAAUGUAUCUGUCCUUCAAUGGUUGGAACAAAAGAACACUUAAAUAUUGAAUUAUUAAGACAACGUGGACGACAUAAUCAAGAACCAUUACUUGUCGGUCCAGAAUUUGAUUAUUGGUGUAUUGUUAUAUGA